AUGGCAGAGGGGGACGAUGAAGAAUACAUGUCAAAAGCUCUAGUGUUUCGUCUUCAUGUCAGCGCUCCACGAGUUGUACGGGAGGUAUUACUGGAACGUGGCUGGGAGGAAUUUGAUGAAGGGAAGCAAAGUGAAACAGAGUGGAACCUGUACUGGAGAACAUCAGCAUUCCCAACAUCUAACCAUGAUAACAUACAGCCAUGGCAACGGCUUAAUCAUCACCCCCGGACGGCACAGAUGACGAAGAAAGACUGCUUGGCCAGACAUUUAAAACGGAUGAAAGGAAUAUAUGGAUCUUCUUACUUUGAGUUUAGCCCUGAUGUGUUUAUUUUACCUAAUGACUACACAAAGUUCUUGGCUGAAUAUACCAAAGAAAGACAUGAGAAAAAAACUAGUUAUUGGAUCUGUAAGCCAAUUGACAUGUCAAGAGGCAGGGGGAUAUUCAUUUUCCAAGACAUUAAGGAUUUGGCUUAUGACUCCAUUGUCAUUGUACAGAAAUAUAUCACAAACCCAUUACUAAUAUCUGGCUAUAAAUUUGACCUACGUAUUUAUGUGUGUGUUACAUGUUUCUGCCCACUAACUAUAUAUAUCUACCAAGAAGGACUAGUCAGAUUCGCAACAGAGAAGUUCAGUCUCAGCUCACUUGAUAAUAUAUUUGCUCAUCUAACUAACACCAGUAUUAACAAACACAGCAUGUCCUACUCGGCAGGCAAGGAGAGGGUCGGAAGUGGAUGCAAGUGGACACUUGGUCAGUUUCGAUCUUAUCUCCGCAAUUUAGAAGUUGACGAUGUUUUACUGUGGCAAAGAAUCUAUAAUAUAGUGACAAUGACCAUAUUAUCAAUUGCUCCAUCCAUACCCCAAUAUCCUAACUGCUUUGAGCUUUUUGGUUUUGACAUUCUCAUUGAUGAUGCACUGAAACCAUGGCUGUUAGAGGUGAACUAUAGCCCUGCAUUGUCUUUAGAUUGCCCUAAUGAUGUAACUGUGAAAAAAAGUCUUAUAAAUGACAUUAUUGAUCUUCUUAACUACAAAUCUUCUGAUUGGCAAAGAGACAACAGCAAAGAAGCACGAAACACAUCUGAUUUCUUUCAGUCUUCUACAAAAAGAAAGAAAAAUAACAUUGAGCAGAGCUCUGCUGAAUUUAAAAAAAGCAAUUCGAUAACAAAUUGUAACUUGAAAGAAAAAUGUGAUCACUUGGAGAGUCCUAGAAGUGCUUCUUGUCAAAAUUACAGACCGUACAAUGAUAGGGAAGGAACAUUAGUCCAAAAGGGACUCAGUUGGGAUUGCAAUUUCAUGGAAAAUUCUUUACCAGGAUCAACCGAAGAUAGCGUGAACGGUGAAGUUGUGUCAAGUGGGAAGACAACAAUGAGUCCUCGAAAGACACUGACUUCUAGACUACGAGAAAAAAUGAAUAUGCCCAAAAGAUUAGGUGCUUCAAAACUGCCAUUAGUUCUAAGCACUUCAAAAGCCAAGGCUGGUGUAAACAAUGUAAUGAAGUAUCCACAGUGGAGGCCCACUGACAAUCCUCUUUUUCCUUUAUACUACAUUUUGAAUGCAAACCAAAUGCCACCUGCUCGUGUAGGUGAUUUUCUCCUCAUCUUCCCUUUCAACCAACCUUCCUUUCGUGCAUCAAAAAACGGAGCAGAUGUCAAAAUCAUAAUUCAAGAAAUGUUUAAAAUAAUGCAGAAAAUGUCAACAAAUAUAAAGGUCGCCUAA